AUGAAGUCUCUACUCGCAACGCUUUCCAUGGCUAUCGCCGUCAGCGCUAUCCCCGACAUCACCGUUGUUCCCAAGGAGCUUUCGUGUAGCAACUGGCCCUUCUUUCGGCAGACAUCCAGCGUUGCCGGACCGUUCAACAUCUUUGCCGACUCCACCGGCAAAGACAUUGACGGCAACAAAGCUAGCUAUACCACCAUCUCCGAUGUUACAGUUGCCUCUGCUUGGUUGGGAAUAAGCAACAUCAAGGACGGAGCAGUUCCUCAAAUCCAAUGCCAGGCGUUCGGCAGCGCAGAGAUGUUAGCCGUGAGCUUGAAUGGCCAAUUCCAGCCUCUCAGCAUAUCAGAGUACUUUUAUCACGAGUAUGACGGUUUGGUCUUCGCGAAGACCGUAGCUCGGGGCGCUCCUAUCGAACCUCAUUGGCAUUACUACCCCAACGGCACGCGGCAGGAGGGCACAUUUUUGGGGUGGAACAACUUUACGACGUGGGCGUACUUACUCGACGAAGCGUCUAAUAAGUACCGAAUCCGCCUCUUGACGGACACGUCUAAGAAACUUUUAGAUGGAGAGUUUACCGGCUUCGUGCGAGCUGGCUUUCCAGGUCUGUCCGACUAA